AUGGAUAUUUAUAAUGAAAAAAAUAUAAGUGGUGAAGAAAUAAACAGGAAAGAAUCAUAUGAAAGAAAGGAAUCAUAUAACGAAGCAGUAAUAUAUGAAAAAAUAACAAGUGAAGAAGAUUUUAAUGAAGAAAUAGAAAGUGAAGAGGAAAUAAAUAAUAAAAUAAUUUGA